CAACUUGUGCGGAUUGAAUAGUCUGCAGUCUCGUGUAUUGUACUCAUACCAUACCACGACAAAAUGGUCAGAAGCCUUGGAUCGAUCCCAAGAUAAGAUGCUUCUGUUCAUGGUUGCAUAAAAGGUGCAGGGAAGUAGAGGGGUAAAGGCGGCACACAUCGGAAGCAAAGCAACGCGAGAAAUCCAACGACUUGCAAUGGCAGAGCCCCUCUCCAAUGGCGCCGCCUACCAAUCAGUGCCUGAAUCCUACGUGCUCCCGGCGGACAAAAGACCGGGGAGCUUGCCGUCUUCUGCAGCAGCGAUACCUGUAGUUGACCUCGGCGGCGAUGACCCUGACAGGAUUGUGAAGCAGAUCAUGGAUGCCGGGAGAGAGUUCGGUUUCUUUCAGGUGAUCAACCAUGGCGUGCCGGGGCAGGUGAUGGGCGAGAUGACGAGCAGCGCGGAGGAGUUCUUCGGGCUCCCCACGGAGGAGAAGAUGGUGCACUACUCCACCGACAGCAAGAAGCUUCCACGGUUCCACACGAGCAUCGGCAACGAGCAGGAGAAGCUUCUCUACUGGAGGGACUGCCUCAAGCUUGGCUGCUACCCCUUGGAGCAAUUCAGGCAGCAGUGGCCUCAAAAGCCAGCCAGGCUCAGGGCGGCGUUGGAGGCGUACACGACGGCGGUGAGGGCGGUGGCGCUGCGCCUGCUGCGGCUCACCGCGGCGGGGCUGGGGCUCGACGAGGGCCACUUCGACGGGGAGCUGACCGCCGGGCCGGUGAUCAUGAACGUGAACCACUACGUGCCGUGCCCGGAGCCGAGCCUGACGAUGGGCCUGGCGCCGCACUGCGACCCCAACGUCGUCACCGUCCUCGCCGACAACGGUGUCCGCGGCCUGCAGGCGCGGCGGCGAGGCGGCGGCGGCGGCUGGGUCGACGUCGAGCCGCUGCCGGGCGCGCUGGUCGUCAACUUCGGGCACCAGAUGGAGGUGGUCAGCAACGGCGCCCUGCGAGGCGGCGAGCACCGCGUGGUGACGAACGCGCGCGCCGCGCGGACGUCGGUGGCCACGUUCGUCAUGCCCGCGAUGUGCUGCGCCGUAGCGGCGGCGCCGGGGAUGGUCCCCGACGGCGAGGCCCCCAAGUACAGGCCGUUCACGUACCAGGAGUUCGUGGGCGCGUACGCCGCGGCGGCCGGCGACAGGGAUGCCGUCCUGGCACGCUUCCAGAACAAGGAGUGACCUGACCGCUCGGCGGAGGGCAGCCCGGCCGAGCGAGGGGGAAGGCGGACAGGCGGAGGGUGCUAUUUGGAAUACGCAAUCUCAGACGCACGUAUGUGAUCGUACGGCUUGAGCAUAGCCCAGGGGUGGACGGUAUUUCAUUUACCGUGCACCCCCAGACGGUACCGAUCACCUUGCCCGUCGCCGGCCGGAUCCGGAGCGCCGCCGCAUCGAUCUCGGCUGUCUGCUGCGUGACCCGGACCUUCUCCUGCGAGGGUACUCUUCAUCCGCCCGUGGCUGAGGCCCUCAGGGGCGGCGUGGCGCCGGCCGUGUCGCGGUCGUCGUCGUCUUGUGUCGCGGGCAGCGGGCUGUCCGAUCCUGGCGGCGAGUGAGCAUGUUGAUGGUGACGGAGCCGGAGCUCAAGCUGCACUUGUUCUACUGCGAUCCUGAUCAAUUCAUUACUGGCGAUCUGAUUAUAAUUCC